AUGUCGUCCUCUGAACACUCCACUUGCCCUCCCUCUGCGGCUCCAGCGGACCGGCGCUGGAGUACAAACGACAUCCGCGCCAUGAUUCGAAUCUUCGAAACGUACGCCGGCCCCUUCGCCGUGGGCACCGUCGCGGAGCUGCUCGACCGCGCAGGCCACAUGGAGGUUGGGAAAUGGAUCAUCCUGCACCGGCAGUCUGCGCACGCUCUAUUCGUUUCCGAGGCAAAAAGAGCCACCGGCGCGAGAAGGCGGCCCAAGAUUGCUCCGUCCUACUGCCUGCCCAUCGCCUGCCCCCUUGGCGGCGGCGUCACAAGCGUCAUCGGCGGCAUUGACGACUUCAAGCUGCGCGUCUACUUGGAUGGAUCUUUGACGGGGUCGUUUGGACUCCAGCUUCCAGCGACGGAGGAGGAGUAG